UAGCUCCCCCUCCAUCCCGCUACCGCAAUGCAUCACUCUCCUCUCCUCCCUCCCUCCUUCCUCUCCCCAUCCCAAAGGUUGAUUAGCACAGCAUCCCUUCUGCACACCAUUCCGUUUCGCCGACGCAUCACUUUUUUUCAAGCUGCGUUCGUCCGUCACAUGUCAAAGGACGCGCUUACACCUUCUAGAAGAUUUUGUCUGUCGGAGGUGAACUGCUGCUCCUGCUCAUCCUGUGCGCCUUUGUUUUUGAUAGGCCAGUAUUUUCUGACAACCGUAUCGCAGCGCUCUGGGGGGGGUUUGGCAGAGUGACUAACGGAAUGAUUUGACUGUCCUAUCGGGAGGUUAUAGCCCAGUCGACGGCAGUUCCGGGCGAGAAUCGGAUGUGAUUACGAAGAAAAUGCAAAAUUAUGGUAUGGAGAGCAUUCGGUAGCGGGAUGUGGUCCUCUCAGUGACCAAGAUAAUGUGACCGGUAAGGGGUAGACAAACGGUAUUGAAGUCUCUGUAUGUUUGGUAACUCAUCGUAUCGACGAUUAUCACCAUCUGAUACCAACAGAACUUAGCACACUGUUUUUUUUUUUAAAUAGCAGCUCCGACCCUAAGCAUCGCUUGUAUAUAAAGCAUAUUUUUUUAUACUCGCGGAUGCGUCGUCACACCCAACUUUCAUAAUCGGUAAAGCACUGGGGUUGUGUCUCAUAAAAUUGUUAACACCGGCUUUUAAAUACAUUGGAUAUGUACGCUUGUGUGCUGUCGGUGAGACGACACUGUGUUGUGUAAGUAAGCGUGGCUGUUGACAUCUGUCCUCAUCAGUCGUGAAUACCGGAGCUUGAAGGGUUCUAUUUAGCAUCAAAUAGCUAUAGCGCAUAUGGUACCUCGCUGUAUGUCCCCCGGCCGUCAUAAAUGUGGAUGAAAAGCGGAAAUUCACACUUGGAUGGGCAACUGGCCAAACACGAUUCUAUGAGGGACAGGUAUACUGUAGCUGGGACCUAACACCAGUAGAUUAGUUGGCACAUUUAUAUUUGUAUAUAUCAUUAGACAGUGCACGAGAUACAUUGUUGUUAAUAUUGGCAUGUGUUGCAUGCAUCAGAUUCGUUUAAAAAAAAAAACAGAGAAUGUUCUCUGAUGUAGGUAUGUAGUUUAACUGUGUACAUGGAAUAGACUACAGAGCAAUAUAAGCAGAAAGCAGCAAUAAAGAUUACUGCAUGUGAAUGGUAAUGCACAUACAAUGCCAAAGACAUCAGAACAGUUUCAUGCUUCCAUUUGUCACUACUUUCACUCACUGUGAAUUUCUUAGUUGCUCAAAGGUCAGACACACUAUCAAACGCUUCAGAUAGAGAUAUACAUUCAUGCCUAAGACAUCUAAAACCUAGCCCAUCUCUGAACAUCAAACAUUUUUGUCUUCCACACUUUGCACAAAUUUCAUAAGUCAUUUACAGCAGUAUGUGUUUUAUUUUUACUAGUCUUCCUAAAAUUGAUGUGCUACAUUAUUGCGAACGUCAGUAGUGAGGCCUUUGGAAAAGGACUUUGAAAACAGCGCAAACUUGUAUAUUUUUCAAAGCAAAACGGACAAACUGUGGACUAACUUUGACUGGGAAGACGCUGGCCAUCACACGUGUCUGUGAUUAUAAAUAGAUGAACAAAGGCUUUGAAAACAGAGUGCCUGAAACCUGAGGCUUCUGGGCUCGCCGCUCCUUUUUUUUAUGUUCCCUGAGCAAUCAGAUACCAGAGGACCUAGAGGCACACAGACCGCUGAGUGCAGGACGACCAGAACCAAGAACUGAACCAGGCUCGCGCGAGAGCUGUGACGAGACCCUGCGUUUGGACUAGACCUGGAACUAAGAACUGACUUGACCUUAGUGAGCAGUCUCAUCCCACAACACAGACUGGGGAGGAAGAGCACAAGGAGGAGGAGGAGGAGGAGGAGGAAGAGACACACCCUCUGAGUGUCCCCCCACCACCUCAACUCCUUCUUCCGUCGCUCAAGGGUCGAGUAGUGAUCCAGUUGUCUCCUGUUCUGGUCUCUGUUGUUAUUUGUCCUUAGCACGUUGUUUUGGGGUCGGAGGCGACGGAGAGGCUUUCUUCGCUGACCACCUGCUCAGAUCCACAUCUCCUCCCUACCAGGGGGUUUGUGAGCACAAGACAAGUGUGUGUGUGUGUGUGUGUGUGUGUGUGUGUGUGUGUGUGUGUGUGUGUGUGUGAGAGAGAGAGGGAGACAGUGUGUGAGUGUGCGUGUGCGUGAGAGAGGAGAGAGAGACACUUCUUCUCCAAAAUGAUGUCUGCACUGCGGAUUCUGCUGGUCCCCUUCGCUCUCUGUACUUUGCUUGCCCAUCUUAGCCAUGCGGCCUGCGUGGAGGUGAACUCGGACACGGAGGCGGUGGCUGGCCGGGGGUUCAAGCUGGGCUGCAUCUCCUGCAAGAUGAGAGGCGAGGUGCAGGCCACGGCCACCGUGGACUGGUACUUCAAGGCCAAGGGGGAGAUCAAUUUCACCCACAUCUACACCUACGAUGACCCUGCCAACCCGACUGACAUCCGCGACGAUCGCUUCUUUGAUCGCCUGGACUGGAACGGCAGCAAGAACACGUUAGACGUGCAGGACGGUUCCAUCUACAUCCUCAACGUCACCUUCAACGACACAGGCACCUACCGCUGUUUCUUCAACCGCGUACUCUCCUUCCCCAACUACGAGUUCCACACCAACAUCACCAAGUCUGUCGAGAUGAAGGUGGUGCCCAGGGCCACCCGAAGCAUCGCCUCCAUCUUCUCGGAGAUAAUGAUGUACGUAUCGAUCAUCGGCCUACAGGUGUGGCUGGUGGUUGAGAUGGUGUACUGUUACCGCAAGAUAGCGGCAGCCGGAGAGGAGGCUUUGAGAGAGAGCGCGGCGGAGUACUUAGCCAUAGCCUCAGAGAGUAAAGAUAACUGUGCAGGUGUUCAAGUGGAAGAAUAACACAGGACCAAAAAAGUCUCCAUACAUCAGGCCUAACGCUCCAAUCCCCACUUCUCCACCCUAAGCAGUCUCAGCAUUGGGCCAGCUCUUAUAUUCAACACCAUUCAUCUCUUCACACAGCACCCACUUAGACAGAAGACCCAUCCAAGAGUGCUUCAUGUCAUUAAGACGUCUGGACCUCACAGUAGCAUUAACACUUUCUCCCUCCCAUUUGACGUGUCAGAACGACGUAGUUCAGUUUUCACUUAUAGAUAAGUAUAGAUAAGGAAGUAACAAUGUAUAGUACAUGGUGAGGAAUUCGAUUCCAAUGAAUUGAUGAUCUUGGGCAUUUUUAAGCUAAAGUGAAAUGGCAUUUUAAUGUCUAUGUGAAAGACAAUACCUACAAAAGCAAAUGUUAUGAAGUUGUAAAUAUGCACUGUUGUAUGGCAUCACUUAUUGACACCCUGGUUAUACAUACUCUACAUCAGUGUAUUUCAAAGGUAUCUCUACUGAUUUUUACCAGAGAUCUGUUUAAUGAAGAAUAUCAGCUUCUGAAAUGAUAUGAAUUUAGAUCAAAUAUACUUGAUAUAGAUGCAUAGUAUAUCGUAUAUAUACAGGCAAAAACGUGCAUUUAUAACAGAGGUGGUGCAACUGAAAGGCCAAGCUUUCUGUCAUGGGGCACUAAACACCUCAUACGAGUCUCAGAAGUGAACUGGAGCAUAAACAUGCAGCCGGUACAGUAUUGCAUUGUAACAACAGCUGGCUGUGAUUGGAUUACUGGCGAGAGAGAAAAUAGAGCUUCCUUCUGACAGCAUGCAUGUUUUUAUGC